CAGUUCCACCAACGACUUGGAAACGGAAGCCAUUUCCAAUUGUAUAUUUAAUCUGGUAUCACCUGUUAGGACUUUAAUAAGUUCUUUAUUUGCAAGCGUGUUGAAAUAACGUGCAUUUGCGCUGAUUUUAAUGAAACCCGAAACCCCAGGACACACCGCCAUAUUUGCUCUCGGAUAUACUCGGCUCAAAUCGGUAAGUCAGGGAAAUGGACGAGUCUCACUCGGCAACAAAACAACUGGGGUUGGAUGGCGCGUCCGAAAGCACGACUGUCGGGGCAGUAGAGGAGGGGGAGGAUUCGGAUACUGAAUCGGAGGCCGAAGGCACGACGAUGACUGUAAUGGGAGAAGCUAACAUCGACAUUGGGGCCGAGUCCUUGCCGAAUCCAGACGAUACGCAAUCCACAUUUGCAGAGGUCACGACGGUCACCGUUGGAGACGUCCAGGCAACAGAUGAGCACGUCUUCGCCACCUCCGUGUCCGCCGCUGCCCUUCCAGAGCACGUCCUGACGGGUCGGACUACGCUGCAGAUCGGGGACAGUCUGAAUACCCAGAAGGCCACACUGAUUGUGGUCCACACGGACGGCAGCAUCGUGGAUGCCAGUGGGCUGAAGGCGUCCUCGUCUCCCAUGGCAACAGGGCCUCAGGCCCCGCCCCCGCCGCUGACCCCCGGGCAGGAGAAGGACUCCAAGUACAACUGGGACCCGUCUGUGUACGACAACGAGCUGCCCGUGCGCUGCAGGAACACCAGCGGCAUCCUCUACAAGAACCGACUGGGCUCAGGAGGGAAGGGUCGCUGUGUUAAGCACAACAGCGCCUGGUUCACGCCCACUGAGUUUGAGGCGAUGGCGGGCAGAGCCAGCAGCAAGGACUGGAAGAGAAGCAUCCGCUACGCAGGGCGCCCUUUACAGUGUCUCAUUCAGGAGCGCAUUCUCAACCCCCACGCUGCCUCCUGCACAUGUGCGGCCUGCUGUGAUGACCUGGCCCUGUGCACGAAGGACGGCUCGUCAUUCACUGCUGAGACCAUAAAUAUGACGGGACCUGUGCGGUUGUUUGUUCCCUACAAGAGACGCAAGAAGGAGCCGGAACAAGCUCCUCCCACUCCAGAGAAGAAGGACAGCCCACCAACCAAGAACAUCACACUCACGCCAGGAACUACCUUUACCGUGACGCCGUCUGGUCAGAUCACCACCUCCGGCACGGUGACCUUUGACCCGACGCCUGCAGGCGACGCCCACACAGCCAUCAUCUCAGACCACGCCCACACCGACGUGUUCGCCAGCACCACAGUGCUGACGACGCUGCCGGCCCUGGCCUUAGCUCCUCCCCCGGCUGUGGUCCCGCCCAAAGCGUCUCCGCCGGUCCUGAGUCAGCUGAGUAACCUUGGCAACGGGCUGAGUAACCUUGGCAACGGGCUGGAUGUGGAUCAGCGCCCGUGGCAACAGCUGGAGGAGGCGGCCAGCACUCUCCUCAACGCCGCCCAGCAGCUGAAGGUUCUUAUCGAGCAGGCCAAGCAGUCCAGCCUGGCCCACGGAACCGCCACUAAUGCCCACGGAACCGCCACUAAUGCCCACGGAACCGGCAGCCUGGCCCACGGAACCGCAAGCGCCACUAAUGCCCACACAGCCAGCACCAGCACCAGCUGUUCCACCUGCACCAGCUGCCCCGACAGCCUCAGGAAGGACCCCUUCCAGACACAGAUCCCGUUUCAGAACCCUGAAGACCCUGAAGGAAAAACCACAGAGAUCCUCAUCAAGCAAAUGUGUGUGAACUGCGGCCGUGAUGCGGUGAGUGAGUGCACAGGAUGCCACAAGGUCAACUACUGCUCCACCUUCUGCCAGAGAAAGGAUUGGAGAGAUCACCAGCACAACUGUUGCCAGGGCAACGCCUCUGGGGGACAGGAAGUAAUUCAGAUCCAGGGCAUGGAGGUGGAGAAGGUGAAGAUCUAGCCCACAGGAAGUAGUUCUGUAGCCCACAGGAAGUAGUUCUGUAGCCCACAGGAAGUAGUUCAGAUCCAGGGCGUGGAGGUGGAGAAGGUGAAGAGUUCAGACUCCAUGCUGGCCUACGGACUGGCGUGUGCUAUGGAAACGGCGCUGGGGUCAUCACUGUGGAAACGGCGCUGGGGUCAUCACUGUGGAAACGCAGCUGGGGUCAUCACUGUGGAAACGGCGCUGGGGUCAUCACUGUGGAAACGGCGCUGGGGUCAUCACUGUGGAAACAGAGCUGGGGUCAUCGCUGUGGAAACGCAGCUGGGGUCAUCGCUGUGGAAACGGAGCUGGGGUCAUCACUGUGGAAACAGAGCUGGGGUCAUCGCUGUGGAAACAGAGCUGGGGUCAUCACUGUCCUCCAGCAGGAACCUUCUUCUUGGCCUGCUGGUCCGCUGGUGUGGUGGGCUGCUGGUGUGGUGGUGUGGUGCAGGCUGGCCCGUGCCGAGAGCACGUACUGUAAUCCCGGUCUCUCAGCCCUGCUGCAGCAGAUUGGAUCACAUCUUAAUAAAGCUUUCUGUGGACCAGG